UGUUCACUGAACAGUAUGCUACCAAAGUAAAUAUCAUUAAAUUUUGAAUCACUUGCCAAGAAAUUUCUCCGGUUUUUCUUUUACAUCUAUCAGAAAGGGUAUCACUCAUAUGGCUUGAACCUCAUGGAUUUUGCAGAGUUGCUGAUGUGUGAAGCUUACCCAAGCAUCUGUUUACGUGGACAUCUACUUGCCAGUUACGAUAAGCUUGUUCGCCCAGUAAAGAAACAGAAUGACACAGUAACUGUGGAAGUCCGUCUCGAUGUACUGUACAUCAGUGUUGGGAAUGCUGAAGAUUACAUUACUGUUGCUGGAAAAACCUUUGUGACAUGGACUGAUCAGUACCUCACGUGGACUCCUUCUCUUUAUGAAGGGGUUGAAAAUAUAACAAUAAGCAGUGAUGACAUAUGGACACCUGAUAUUACACUGGUCACUAUGAGUGCACUAGACUUCUCUCUUGCAAAAUUUCCAAGCACUGAGUGUACUUUGUACUCCACAGGGAAGAUAACUUGCUUGCCUUACACAUACUAUAUAGCACACUGUGAUCUUGACUUACAAAAUUGGCCAUAUGACGUACAUACAUGUACAAUGUGGUUUUCAUCUUGGUCUCACAGAGGCAAACUUGUGAAUGCAACUUUUAAUGACAAAGGGCUUGAUACAACUCACAUGGAGAAGGAUCGUGUGUGGGAUGUGAUCAAGGCAGAGACGUCUUUAAUAGGCCAUGGUAGCUGGCCAAGUCUUGGCUUCAAAUUCACCAUGAAACGACAUGCAACAGGCCAUGAAAUACGAGUAGUGGUAGUAGGUGUGGUGUUAUGUCUGAUAACAUUAUUCUCUUGGUUCCUGCCUUCUGAUUGUGGUCAGCGACUUACAGUCUGUGUGGUGUCAUUGUUUUUGCACAUGUUCUGCCUGUUGCAUGUGGCUUUUGAAAUAUACUUCUAUGGAAAAUCCGUUCCUCAUUUGGUGCUCCUUCUGCGUGACUCCCUUAUAAUAACAUGCAUAUCACUGGUGGGAGCAGUGCUGUCACAAGGUUUGUUCUAUGCAUCAAGACCUGUGCCAAAAUGGCUUAAUGAGCUGAUAACAUCACCAGCAAGCCGUUUAUUAAUGUAUCCAACCAGUUUACCCUCACAACAGAGCACAGAGAAAGAUGACAAUGAAGAUAAGACCAAUAGUCUAAAGACACCAGUUCCAAGUGAAUGGAAACUUGCAGCUGUUAUAUUAGACCGUACUGGUGUUUACAUAAUGACUCUUACUUACAUAAUCCUACUUGCAGUUACAAUUCCAAAAUACUGAUCUUGUGUAUGGUUAAUACAUCCUUGUGUGAAAGUAGAAUGAAGAUCAUCACAAUAAUGUAUGAAAUAUGUUUGAGGUUGUCAAACUGUAGAUGGCAGAUUUAAAUAAAAUGUACAUCAUUUUGAAGUUUUCAAAAUUUUUCAUCUCAAGAUGUAACAUAGAUGCAUUUUAUACUCAUUUAUUAACUCAUUUUAACUGAAAUAGAGAUCAGAAGUGAUACAUAUUUGCUUCAAUAGAUAACGAGUGUUCCUCUUUUCAUGUUAUGCUUAUAUGAAAUCAGAUUUUUUAUUGCUUCUUGUAAAUAUAAGAAUACAAGGUAAUACUGUACAUAAAAUUUAGCCAUAGAAUUUAGAACAUAACUGUCUUCUUUGUUGACUACAAACUGAUAAUGACAUGAGUACAUAGUCUCUCCAUCUUCUGGCAUGUUGAUAGUUCAUGUUGGAUAUUAACAUAAAAAUUAUGCUCUCAUCAGCAUACAUCAUCUGCAUUACCAGGAAGAUAAGUGCUCUCAGUGUGAUGCUCAGCCACACAGAUUGAUAACAAUUGCGCUUACUUUGUGUUAUCCUCCAGUUUGUUACACAAGUUAUGUUCAGUAGAAAUCUAGGCCUGCAAUACUGAUAGAUGACAUCUCCAACAUUAUAGCCUCAUCAAAGCAUAUUCAAAAUUAAUAAUUUUAUAAAUAAUUAACUCAGCAAGGUAAUUUCUGGAGCACAAAAGCUACACAUCAUCACCACAUGCCAGUGAUGGAGAUAGAAAUUCUUGAGAGAAAACUGAAAUACUUAGCUUUGGUAACAACAUGUGAUUGUGCUGAAUCCUCUGUAAAAUAAAAUGACACUAAAUGUU